CCGGCUUCUCUCUUGUCCUCUGCUGUACGAGCUAUUUGUUGUUAUCUAUAGAUUACAUGUUUUCUGCCUGGCGUUGAGACACGCGGCCCAGCAGCGCACAUUGUGCGGUCUUCACGCAGGGUUGAUAUGCGAAGAAAAGCGGAGAUGCGCUCUCUGGACUCACUUCAUUGAUGGUCGUGAGCUCCCAUCAUAGGCCUUAUUCCCUGGUAUCUGGAGCUAGUUCCUCAUAUGAAAAUGGUCCGGUGAAACACUACGGAUCACUGAGGGUUUUUCAGCGACAAAGUCAAGACUUUCUUUGGAAAAAUGAAGAUUUGGAGCACGGAACAUGUUUUCAGUUACCCAUGGGAGACGGUGAUCAAGGCUGCCAUGAGGAAGUACCCAAACCCCAUGAAUCCCAACGUGGUCGGAGUGGAUGUGCUGGACCGCAGUCUGGAUGAAGAGGGGCGCCUGCACAGCCACAGACUCCUCAGCACAGAGUGGGGCCUCCCGAGCAUUGUGCGAGCGAUACUGGGAACCAGCCAUACGCAGACGUAUGUGAAGGAACAUUCCAUAGUCGACCCAAAGGAGAAAAAAAUGGAGCUGUGCUCAACAAAUAUUACUCUCACCAACCUGAUUUCAGUGGAUGAGAGGCUUCUUUACAGACCACACCCAGACAACCCUGAGGUUACUGUCCUGACCCAAGAGGCCAUCAUCACAGUCAAGGGAGUGAGUCUAAGCAGUUACCUGGAGGGCAUGAUGGCUCUGAGAAUGUCAGCUAAUGCCAGGAAGGGCUGGGAUGCUAUUGAGUGGAUUAUUCAGAACUCUGAAAGAGAACGUACCUCUCUGUGA